CCACACAAGCGAACUGUCAAUGUGACAGCUGCGUCGGCGAUUGUGAUUUGCAAUUUUUGUAGUUUGGGAAUACAUUAAACAUUACAUUUGGAAUUAACUCAACACAAAGCGCAGUUGCGAUGUCCAAUCCUCAGCCGAAUGUCACCGCUUAUCUGGCGACCCAGAAGAAGACCACCAACAAAGAACUCGCCGCCGAAUGGACGCUCAUCGAGGAGCUCUACAAUGAAAAACUCUGGAAUGAGCUGACCAUCAAACUGGUGACCUUUGUGCGUCACGAAUCCUUGCAGGACGAAACGGCGCUGCUGCAGCUCUACCAGAACUUCCUGUCCACCUUCGAGACCAAAAUAAACCCCUAUGGCCUCAUCCAGAUUCUCGAGGUGGUGGUGGACAACAUCAGUGACAAGAAGGAGGCCAUCGAGUUCUUGGAAAAGAUGAAGGACAAGGUGAAGAUCUGCGACGAGGCCGUUUGGUAUCUGCAGGUGAUGCAGGGUAAUCUUUACCUCAGCAACCUGAACGAUCUGAAUGCCACCAAGAAGAUCAUUGAGGAACUGCGUGAUGUCCUGGAGGAAGCGGGUAAUGUGACGCCCGUUCAUGGCAAAUACUACAUGCUGGCAUCCCAGUAUUAUCGGCGAGUGGGCAAGCACAGCGACUACUACCGAUGUGGCCUACAGUUUCUGGGCUGCUCCAUGGAUGAGUACCCCCGUGAUCAGUGGGCCCAGCAGGCAUUCUUCUUGGGUCUGGCUGCUCUCCUGGGCGAUGGUGUCUACAACAUAGGCGAAUUGCUGGCUCAUCCCAUUCUGGAGUCGCUUAAGGGCACGGAAAAUGAGUGGCUCAUGGAGCUUCUUAAAGCCUUCAACACGGGCGAUAUUAACAAGUUUAAUGAUAUGAAGAAAAUCUGGUCCAAGAUUCCCGAUUUGGCUGCCCAGGAGGUCAAGUUGCGCCAGAAGAUCUCCCUCCUCUGCCUCAUGGAGAUGACCUUCAAGCGCUCAGCCAUUGAGCGAGCCAUCUCCUUCACCGACAUCGCGCAAGAGACCAAACUGCCCGCCAAGGAAGUGGAGCUGCUGAUCAUGAAGGCUCUGGCUUUGGAUCUCGUCCGCGGCGAGAUUGACCAAGUGGCUGGAGUGGUGAACAUGUCGUGGGUGCAACCACGCGUCCUCAACCGCAGCCAGAUUGUCGGCAUGGCCAGCACUCUGGACACAUGGAUGGGCGCCAUCACGAACAUGGAGAAACUGAUGGAGAAUCGUGCCGCCGAAAUCCUCACCAAUUAGUUUUAGUUUCGCCUGAUCUAGACGAUCCCACAUAUUCCCAUUUUGCGCGAAUGCUUUUGUAUUUAAUUAAAAACCCAAAUACUGUA